AUGUCAGACUUCCAUAACUGUACCUCCCCAACUUUGCUCCUGAUGGGAGUCCCUGGACUUGAAUGGGCCCAUGUCUGGAUCUCCAUCCCCUUCUGCUGCCUCUAUUUAACUGCCCUUUCUGGGAAUACCUUGAUCCUAUUUUUAGUCUUCACUGAGCCCAGCCUUCAUGAACCCAUGUACUAUUUCCUCUCCAUGUUGUCUACCACUGACAUUGGCUUAUGCAUCUCUACCUUGGUGACAACACUGGGAAUAUUCUGGCUCAAUGCCCGAGAAAUCAGCUUCAAUGCUUGCUUAUCCCAGAUGUUCUUCAUUCACCUCUUCACUUUCAUGGAAUCUUCAGUGCUCCUGGCUAUGGCCUUUGACCGGUUUGUAGCCAUUUCUAACCCUUUGCAGUAUGCUACCAUCUUAACUCAUGCAAGGAUUGCACAGAUUGGUGUGGGAGUCAUUACAAGGGGGACUGUGAUUCUGACACCAUUAGUCCUGCUACUUAGGCAUCUAUCAUUCUGCUACAGCCACACGCUCCACCAUUCCUACUGCUUUCACCCCGAUGUGAUGAAGCUCUCAUGUUCAGACACAAAGAUAAAUAGUGCAUUUGGACUAACUGCAAUUAUCUCUACUGCUGGAGUGGACUCCAUCUUUAUCGUGCUCUCUUAUGUCCUGAUCAUUCGAUCAGUUCUCAGCAUUGCAUCCCCAGAGGAAAGGAAAAAGGCUUUCAGCACCUGCAUCUCUCAUAUCACUGCUGUGGCCAUAUUCUACAUCCCUUUGAUCAGUCUUUCUUUUGUUCACAGGUUUGGUAAACGUGCUCCAGCCUAUGUGCCCACUCUCAUUGCUAAUAUAUACUUGCUGAUCCCUCCUGUGAUGAACCCUAUCAUCUAUAGCGUGAAAACAAAGCAAAUUCAAAAAGCCAUGCUUAAACUUGUAUAUUCCAAAGGAAUUCAUAUUUGA